AUGGCGUCUUCACUCGCAAUGAAAAGGCUGUUGUCUUCGAAAUUGCUCUCCCGGUCCCUCUGCCCUGUCCGUACGGUGGCUCAGCCGUGCACCUCACGCUUAUUUAACACCAAUGCUAUGCGCCAGUACGAUGGCGAUGGUCGUGAUCUCGACAUUGAUCGCCGAUCCGAUAGACGUGUCUUCUCCCCGUUCUCAGAGGUGUUCGAUCCAUUUUCGUCAAGGAGCCUAAGCCAAAUCCUGAACAUGAUGGACCAAUUCGUGGAUUCCCCUGUUGCCUCGGGGAUUCCCAGAAGUUGGGACGCUCGGGAAACUGAGGACGGCCUCCAUCUCCGAAUGGACAUGCCUGGACUAGGCAAGGAGGAAGUCAAGGUGUCCGUGGAACAAAAUACUCUAAUCAUCAAAGGCGAGGAGAAGAAGGAAUUCGAGGACGAAGAGAGUGGGAGAAGGUACAGUAGCAGAAUUGAUCUUCCGGAGAAACUGUACAAGACUGAUGAGAUCAAAGCAGAGAUGAAGAAUGGGGUUCUAAAAGUUUUCAUACCCAAAAUCAAACAAGAGGAGAGGUCUGAUGUUUUCCAUGUCAAGAUUGAGUGA